GCCGACGGCAUUAGCUUAGAAGAGCUAUAAAGUAAACAGCUUAAUAUUGAUUAGAGAAGAAUCAACGCGAAGCGGAUUUACUUAAAUAUUUUCUUACGUUUUUUUUUGGCAUUAUUUAUAUUAUUUAGUCAAUAUAAAAAAUUUAAAAAAGACAACCAUGGCAGACACCAAGGUAGAUUCCGCGACGGAAAUUUCCGCCAAGGACUUGAAGGAGAAGAAGCUCCUUGAGGAGAAGGAAAAUGGAAAGGAGGCCACUAAUGGAAAGGAAAAUGAGGAGAACGGAGAGCCUGAGAUUGAUGAGGAAGAGGAGGAUGAAGUAGACGAAGAAGACGAGGAGGAAGAUGGAGAGGGAGAUGAAGAUGAGGAGGAGGACGAGGAGGACGACCUGGGCGGAGGAACGAAACGAGGGGCUGAUGAGGAUGACGAGGACGAUGAGGACGAGGUCGACCCGAAGAAACAGAAGACGGACGACGAUGAUUAAAAGGAUUGUUGGAUGCUACUGAUCCGGUGUAGAGCUCAUCUUCAGCACAUUUGUUGGAGCCAGUGGCAUAAAGGACUCAAACAUCAAACAUGGUCAUUUUUUCCCCCCCAAGUUCCUGCGUCUCACCCACUAACCCCCAAUGCAAAAUUUUCUAGAGGGAAAAGUCCACCACCCAGAUCCCCAACACGACGACAAAGUUCACAAGACGAGGAUUUGUUUGUAUUUUUAUUUACAUUUUAUAUUUUUGUACAUAUUGUUAAGGGAUCAGUCACUUGAUCGUGAUCUCCUGUGACCAAAACGGUGCUUCUUUAUGAAAUUUUACUUGUUUGACCAUGUCUCGCAAACUUUGGAAACAGAAACAUUUAUAAAAAAUAAUAAAAAAAAUUCAGCCAUUUAACUCUGAGCAUUCCAGUCAGAUUUUAUGUAUGAACUUUAGUUGUACCAUAAACUAGUUUUGUUUCGUUUUUGUUUUGUUUGUAUGGGAGGGCUAGGCCAAAGAAAAGGAGUUACUUUUCUUAUUGUUUUUCGUUUGCAUUUGUUUUACCUUGGCCUGUCUGUGUGUGUGAAGUUUGUUCAACAAUAAACCUGACUUUUAUUUUGUGAGUUGUA